AUGAAGUAUUCACAUUUUGUCACAGGUCUCCUUGGACUUCUACUUCCUGCUUCUCGAGCGACAUGUCUAUCCAGAAACCCAACAGUUUCUACCGUGAACGGAACCUAUGUGGGGAAGCACCUCGAAAGUUUCAAUCAAGAUGCGUUCUUAGGAAUGCCAUUUGCAUUACCUCCAACAGCGGAGAGACGUUUCCAGCGCCCUCAUUAUAUCGACCAAGCCUUUUCAGAAACUCGAAAUGCCACUAACUACGGGCCUGCCUGCCCGCAAUACUCCCCACCGAAUGUAUUUGGGAACGAUAUUUCUGAGGACUGUUUGAGCAUUAAUGUUGUACGCCCCGCUGGUAUUUCAUCAGACACCAACCUUCCGGUUUUAGUUUGGAUAUAUGGGGGUGGCUUUGAUGGUGGUGGAACCUCCGACCCUCGUUACAACAUGUCCGGGAUUGUCCAACUCAGCCAGGAGAUUGGCAAGCCUAUUGUUGGAGUUUCAUUCAACUAUCGGAUCAACAAACUCGGCUUCAUGCAAUCACCAGAGCUUUUGAAAGAAGGAAGCACCAACGCUGGAAUGCACGAUCAAAGGCUCGCACUCAUGUGGAUCCAAGAGAACAUCGCUUCGUUUGGCGGUGAUCCAAACCGAGUUACGAUAUGGGGUGAAUCUGCUGGGGCACAGGCUAUUGGGCUGCACAUGUUUACGUAUGAUGGUCGAGAUGACGGGCUUUACCACGCUGCUAUUAUGGAAUCUGGUGGGCCAUCUGGAGCUCCGAUGCACGAUCUUUCAUUUUACGCUGGCUUCGUGGAGUCUCUCGCCGCACAGGUUGGAUGUACUGGCUCUAGCUCCAUGAUAAGUUGUCUCAGAGCUGUACCAUUCGAAAAAUGGCAAGCGGCUAAAACAACUAGUCUCAUAUGGAACCCCAUGGUGGACGGAGAAUUAUGGAGCGAUUUACCAAGCGUUCUUGCUAAGGAGGGCAAAUUCCUACGCAUCCCCGUAAUCAUAGGUACCAACAGCGACGAAGGUUGUACGUUUGCAACGAGAGGUAUCAAUACCGAAGAGGAGCUUGUAAAGAGCAUGCUCGACUACCGGAGAUACAAUAUUCGCCCACCGAUGGCCAAAAUAUUGUUGGAACUUUAUCCAGACAAUCCUAAAUCUCAGCCUCCAUAUUAUCUAAACCCAGACCCUGUUGUAUUCCCUGAUCAGGGACUGUUAUGGCGCCGUGCCGCCGCCAUCGAGGGGGAUAUGGUCAUGAUUGCUGGACGACGUCGCGUGGCAGAGCAAGUGACAUCUGCUGGAGCUCCCGUUUACAGCUAUCGAUUUGAUACUUUAGGGUAUGGCGAAAGGUGGGAUAGGGGCGUUGGCCACUUUCAAAACGUGGCAUUCAGCUUCCAAAAUAUCUCAGGUGGACUUGGCCCGAUGCCGGCCUAUGAGCGCUACAAAGCAUUGAGCGAGAAUAUCGGAAGGGCAUACAUAUCAUUUGUUUACGAUCACGACCCCAACUCGAGCCGUGGCAACGACAGUACGCUACCGGUGUGGCCGAAGUACGAUCUGUCCAAGCCGCAGAAUAUUGUUCUGGAUGCCAACGGAAGUUAUGUGGAAGACGAUACAUAUCGAAAGGAAGGAAUGGCUUUCAUGAAUGAAGUAGGAUCGAACAUACAGAUUCUGGCAUAG